GGCCUUGGCGUAGUUCUGCUUAAUCGGUUUUACAGUUGAAGCAGCUAUCAAAUCUAGACAUUUUCUUUUUAGGAAAACUUCAAGCGAGUUGAGAUGAUGGCUGGUAAAAGCCUUAUGUGAGAGCAGAAAGGAUCGUUUUCUCGGACCCUCUUUUCCUUUACGAGAGCUGAGGCGGAGCGCGCCGCGAGCCGCCAUGCCUCUGGUCACCAGGAACAUCGAGCCGCGGCACCUCUGUCGCCAGAGCCUGCCCAACACAAUCAAGAGCGAGCUUGAGUGCGUCACCAACAUCACCCUGUCCAACAUCAUCCGCCAGCUGGGCAGCCUCAGUAAAUAUGCAGAAGAUGUGUUCGGAGAGCUGUUUCAGCAGGCCAGCACUUUCGCGGUGCGCGUCAACACACUGGGAGAAAGGAUCGACCGGCUGCAGGUCAAAGUCACACAGCUAGACCCCAAAGAGGAAGAAGUGUCCUUGCAAGCCAUCACAACCAGGAAGGCCUUCAGGAGCAACCUUACCCAAGACCAGCAACUCUUCAUUAGGGACUCCCUACCCUUGCCUUUGCAGGAGACGUACAGGGUCUGCAGCAAACCUCCUCCGCUUAACAAUCUCAGCAUGUACAGGGAGGAUGGGAAGGAGGCCCUCAAGUUUUAUACUGACCCCUCGUACUUCUUUGACCUGUGGAAGGAGAAGAUGCUUCAGGACACCAAGGAUAUCAUGAAGGAGAAGCGCAAACACAGGAAAGAAAAGAAGGACAACCCCAACCGAGGAAACCUGAACCCCCGCAAGAUCAAGACCCGCAAAGAGGAGUGGGAAAGGAUGAAGAUGGGAGAGGAGUUUGUGACACCCAAGAGCGACGCUGCAAGAAAUGGGAUUCGCAGGUCCAGAGAUUCCAAUGAGAUGCUAAAUGGAAGCAUCAGCUCCGGGGAUGGGAUGGGAACGUCGGCGGAAAGCUAUCUGGAUCAGAGCCAGAACUCCUACUCUGGGGUGUUUGACCCCGGCUCUCCACCUCCACCCCCGGCCAUCGAUGAACUGCCCCCACCUCCUCCUGACAUGUACAAUGAUGUCCAGAGAGGAGGGACCCAGAAGCGCUCUAGCAUGCUCAGUCCUAACCACCCCCCACCUGCGCCCCCUAUGGGCUCCUCUCCUCCAGGCACCAGACCCUGCAUUUCCCCUCCCCCUGCACCCCCACCUCCUCCUCCCUCUGGCAUGGGCAUUCCACCCCCUCCCGCUGGAUUCGACGCCCCGCCCUCGCCCCCACCGCCUCCCAGUGGCCCUGCUGGCUUCCCUGCACCACCCUGCAUGCCCCCUCCCCCUCCCUCCAUGGAUCCUGCCUCAGUCGUGCCAGUCUCUCAGCCUCCCGGUGGACCCCCUCCUCCGCCUCCCCCCCCUCCUCCCCCUGGACCCCCACCGCCGGGGCCCCCUGCACCUCCUCCGCCUUCCAGUGCAGCUCCUGUGGCUACCAGCGCCCCCAAACCACAGGCCCCGGUUAGCGAUGCACGCAGCGACCUGCUGCAGGCCAUCCGGCAAGGUUUCAACCUGCGCAAAGUGGAGGAGCAGCGCGAGCAGGAGAAGAGAGAUCACAUGGGCAACGAUGUGGCCGCCAUUCUGUCGCGCCGCAUCGCAGUGGAGUGCAGCGACUCCGAGGACGACUCCUCCGAGUUCGGCGAAGAAGAUUGGUCUGACUAACACGCUCCUCUGCCUCUUUUGCAGAGGACCUUAGUUACUACAUACCUAUCACCCCUUUCCUUUCCAUACAGCUUCAGACAGGCUCAGAUCACAGCUUCACCGGUGUCUGGCAGAGGUUCAGCUUUUCUCCCAGCUCGCACCUCUGUGGCACGGGGAAGGCACGAGUCAUGGUGGCUCAGCAGUUGGACUUGACAUAUCUUCUCAUAAGACGAGUUUCCUAGAGUUGAUCAGAAAUCCGGACUCGCAUUGUGGGAAUGCCAGAACCAUUGGACCUUGGUCAUAGUUUUCUCUUUGACAAGAACAAAGUGUUAUUCCUUAAACACAGUGACUUUGCAGCAGGGAACGGACAAAAUAGGUUGCAGAAGAUAAAAGGCUGCAUCUCCAAAGAGAAUGAUGGCACCACCAGCUGAGUGUGUUGUAUCAGCCACCAUUCAUGUGUAAGUGGACAACAAUGGUGUGUGGAACAGAAUUACUUUGCAUUUCGACCCUUUAAAUUCCCUGAUCCACUACAGGUGCUCAGGUCUUGUGCAGUUGCUGUCUGGUAAUGAAAUUUAGUCACUAACAGCAAAUUAAGUGGAUUGCACAGAUUCUCAGUCAUGGCACUGGACCGUGCCUGGUCUGCUUUUGUAACUGAAAUGAAAUUUUGUCUCAUCGAAAGGGAAAGCAGAUGACAUUAGUCUGUUGUCUGUAAGUGAUGCACACCAUUGCAAAAGUCUCUCUACAGCGAAGACUGGGGGGCUGUGCUUCUUUAUUAAAAGUUCUCUCAUCAAAAUGGUUAAAAAUCCCAGUGAAGUUUAAUUGAAGCCACUGCAAGGUAAUGGGACUGUGACCCUAGUUUUUGUGUGAAGCACGGUUUGUAGCCGUUUUCUCCACCAGGUUCAGAGCCCUCUGACUCAUCCCUUUCCUUCCCUAGGCAGCAAACAAUAGUUAUUUAACUUUAUGAGUCCCCCUUUUUCAAGGGGUCUUCAAACUACAGAGAAGGGGGAAAUUGCCAAAGAGUGUCUCUUAACCCACCUCUGCAAGGACAGCCAAAUUUAGAACAUGUUAGAGCAGGCCUGCAAUGUAAGCUGUCACUGUAUGCUGGCUGUGCAGCAUACUUAACUUGUUAUGCACGAAUAAUUGUGCUUUGCUCCCAUAGAGAUUCAUUUAAACAGUUUGAGAAACUGUGCAUUUUCUCCUGGAAAUAUUUUCUCCUUUGCAUUGUUCUCACGAGUUUCCAAGGAUUUAAGCCAGCACCUUAGAGAUUUCUAGGGCUUUCAGGUGUCUCCAUGCCCUAGCUUGGUCUUUACUCUUGGAGGGUGCCUUUACAAGCAGUACUAGAACAUUGUUUAAGCCCAGACAAGCUGCUUAUGUGAAUAUUUAGUGUUGACUCUAAAACCCCUGCUUUUUAUGUUUUACCUUGUUAAGGUUUAAGACUUCAACGUUUUAGAAAGCAUAAGAGCCAUGUCAGCAAUUUUGAGUCAGUCUUUAUAGAAAUAAUGUUGUUUUUUGAACUUCCUAAAGUCCUUUUUAACAUUUUUUUAAAUCUCAGUUUUUAGAAAAGGCAAAAUAUCAGAACCGUCUCUCUAACCUGUAGUUGGAAUGAUACCCUGAUAUCAGAAUUCCUAUAUUAGUCAAAUAAAUAAGUACUGUUAGAUUUGCUGCUGUGUUAGCUUAACACAACUAACGCCAGGAAGCUUGUCCUCCCAUAGUUUUCUAUGAGGCUAUGUACAGCAUGAAUGAACUCACUGGCCCUCCUUCCUUUGCUUUAUUGAGAGUGAUGGAAGAUGUGAGAUCCCAGCUGGUAAGCAGGUGACAAGGUUAGAAAGUGCAGUUCUAUGAAGCAGUCACGUGUGUUAUGCUCUCUGGGCCUCAUGGCCUCCUUUUACCUAAGUGCUACUGCUGAUGCAGUUCAGGCAAAAACUCAGUACUCGUUUUGUAACAUUGAAACUGGAAUUGUUUGUGGUCAAGAAAUGAAGCCAUGAAUCUGGUCUAGUAAUUAAAGGGUUGCCUACAAUACCGUUUUGAACCAGAAAGCCAGUACAACUGCCGGCUGUUGUGUUGGCAUACUGAAUGACUGGAGAUUUCAGUUGUACGUUGGCCAUGAACGUGCCUUAUUCGUGCUUGUGAAUUAUUCACAAUGUGCCUUUCAAUGGAAAAGGAAGUGCAGUGCUUUCCUAAUUCACACUAUGAGUAGGGCUUCUGUUGCAGCAAAUAACUUGGAACAGCAACCCUCCUUUGGCAAGGUUCUAAUUGACAUUGUUUUCUCUGUGAAAUAUGAGCUGCGUGUCAUGACCACGUUUUUCUUUUUAAAACGAAAGGUUUCAUAACAUGGGCACCCUGCAUAAUGAACAUCUAAGUGACUGUGCUUUCUUGCACACAUUCUCUCAGGACUUACAAUAUUGGUAUUUCCCAUUACUCACCCAAGACAUUUAGUAAUGUCAUUUUGGAAAUCUAUUCCUUCAUUGCUUGAAAUGUCUUGGGCUGUUUAAAAGGUGUUGUUUUCUUCUAUACUGUUAUUAUUAUUUUUUAAUUU